UAGGAACCGGGCCUAAUGAGGGAUGUAAAUAUACAAGAGAACGGUGCCCAUAUUAUAACUCCAGGUGCAAGCAACAGUAGACAGCAGUCAUCUUCAAUCCCAUCUUCUCUAGUUUACUUUUCCUCUUCCUUUCAAGGGCACAAUUCCUUUCAAGGGCACAAAAUCAUCCCGUUUUCCCAAUUCGUACACACCGCCGCCACCACCACCACCACCAUGGAUCUUCUCAAACAGGAACUGAUGAAGAAGAGACAAGCCUUAUCAGAAGAUGUUGGAGGUCGUAAAGUAUUCAAACGUUCAGAACUCGAACAAAAGAAAAUUCAAAAAAUCAGAGAAGAAGAAAAAAAAGAGUUAGAAGCAAAAUCCAAAUCCCUUCGUGAGAAACAACUCGAUACUAACAAUUCAUCAAAUACAUCUUCAGCAUCAAGUUCUCAUCAAAACCCUAAAUCUGAAUCAUCAAAAACCCCUGAAGCUUUAACUGAAGAAAAGAAAAUCGAUGACCUAGUUUUACCUAAACAAGAAGUAAUACGUCGUCUACGGUUUCUUAAACAACCUGUUACCUUAUUCGGUGAAGAUGAUGGUAUGAGGCUGGAUCGGUUGAAAGAGACGCUUAAAACUGGUUGUUUUGAAAUUGAUAAUGAUAUGACAGAAGGGCAAACGAAUGAUUUCCUCAGAGAUAUUUCGGAGUUGAGGAAACGGCAAAAGACUGGGAUUUUGAGUGAUAGGAAGAGGAAAACCAGAGAAGAUGGAAUUGAAGAUGCUGAUGGGAAUGGUGGAUGUAGAGAAGACGAAUAUAGUGGUGAUGGUGGUGAUUCUGAUGUUGAUGUUGGUAAAGAUUUGAAAAGAUUGAAAGCGAAAUUCGAAGAUUUAUGUGAUGAAGAUAAGAUACUUGUGUUUUUCAAGAGGUUAUUGAUUGAAUGGAAACAAGAAUUAGAUGAUAGACCCGAUGCGGAGAAGAGAACUGGGAAAGGUAAAGGGAUUGUUGCGACGUUUAAACAGUGUGCAAGGUAUCUGAAUCCUCUAUUCAGUUUCUGCAGGAAAAAGGUUCUUCCCGAUGAUAUCCGCCAAUCUCUACUAGUGGUUGUCAAUUGUUGUCUAGAGAGGGAUUACUUAGCAGCAAUGAGACAGUACAUCAGCAUGGCCAUUGGAAAUGCGCCCUGGCCCAUUGGUGUUACUAUGGUUGGUAUUCACGAGCGUUCAGCUCGAGAGAAAAUUCACACCAACAGUGUUGCUCAUAUCAUGAAUGAUGAGACAACUCGUAAAUACCUACAAUCUGUGAAGAGGUUGAUGACUUUCUGCCAACGUCGGUACCCAACAAUGCCUUCAAAGGCAGUAGAGUUCAACAGCUUGGCAAACGGAAGCGACUUGCAGUCACUUUUGGCAGAGGAGAAAGUUGUUAUUGGUAAUCAAAAUCAAGCGAACGAGGAAAUGCUGCGUGUAAUGCCCGCAGUAUCAAGGGAGAAUUAACUUUUUUGUACUUAUUCAACAUUUGUUGCUUUUUCUAUUGAAGUACCAAGAAGUUUUCAUGCCUGUACUUUCUAGACUCAGCUUGCGAUGAUCUCCCAUAUAUCUGUGGCCAAUUUGUUGUACCAUUGGUAAUUGGUAGUCAGACUAUGCAUAUCCUUCAAAUGGUUAAUUAAAAAUGUUUACUGGUCAGUCACCUUUUUUCUGUAAUUAGGUCCAUUAUGGAAUUAUAAAAGUAAGUUCACCGAUCA